CAUGUCAGACAGGCUUAAAUCGCUUCUGGGCUUCACGUUUUCGGGGAAGAGAAAGAGAGAGAGAGAGAGAGAGAGAGAGAGAGAGAGAGAGUUACGAUCUGGAUUGAACGGAUAGGCAAUAAUCGACGACGGAGAUUUUUUUUCUUUUUCUGAAUAUUAUGUGGGUAAUCGACGACGGUGAUUUUUUUUUCUUUUUCUGAAAAGGCGAUGAUGCUUCUUCUUCUUCUUCCUCGAAUCGAAAAUCACGGAUCACGGCGAUCUGUAGACAUUCCAUGGACACAGAGAGAGAGAGAGAGAGAGAGAGAGAGAUUACAGAAAACGCGAACGAAGAUGUGUCUCUGUCUUGCUCUGUUUUUCUUAAUUUUAUUGUUUCCUUAAGUUUAUCUUUUUCAAUUGAAAAUCAUCCUCCGCCGUUCUCUUAGCCACGAGCACCGUUUUGUUUUUCAUUUCGUGGAAAUCUAAACUCAGUCGUUUUCUUCCCAUCCCUCUUCACCAGUCACGGAAAUAAAUCGAUCAGAGCUACUAAUGGCAACCAGAGGACGAAAUCAACCUGUGAUGCAACCAUGACCUUUUCUUCAGUGACGUUGUUGCUGGCUUGGCUGGAGCUUCUUCUUAUUAAUAAAGAACUUAUAGUUUCUCCACCAGAGUUCUUGGAACACAACAGGUUGAUGCACAUAUUUACCGGUGGAGAUGGGAUACCAAGAUUGUGAUUUCAGAUGUUGAUGGAACUAUUACUAAGUAAGAGCUUCUGGAUCCUUACUGAUUUUUCUUCAUAUUAGAAUUAUAAUAUCUAGACAUAUGCUAAUGUGAUGAUCCUUUUGCUGCAGAUCUGAUGUGUUAGGUCAGUUCAUGCCUUUGGUUGGAAGGGCCUGGACACAGUCUGGUGUGGCCAGGCUUUUUUCAGCUAUAAAGGUAAUUUUCAAGGUUUAAGUUAGUUUAGCUUCUCAGACUUUAAUUUGGUAAAACAUGAGAUCCAACUCCUGCUUAUGUAAGAUACAGUUUGUAAUUAUGGAUCUCACAUUAUGCUUUGCUUUGUAUUUCUUUCAGGAGAGUGGAUAUCAGCUGCUGUUUCUGAGCGCUCCUGCCAUUGUUCAGGCAUAUCUAACAAGAAGUUUCUUAAAUAAUCUAAAGCAGGACAGAAAAGCUCUACCGAACGGUCCUGUAGUCAUUUCACCAGACGGGUUGUUCCCAGCAUUGUACCGUAAAGUGAUAAGAAGAGCACCUCAUGAAUUCAAGAUCGCAUGUUUGGAGGAUAUCAAGAAGCUUUUCCCAGAGCACUAUAACCCGUUCUACGCUGGAUAUGGAAACAGAGACACUGAUGAGCUGAGUUACAGCAAAGUCGGAAUCCCCAAGGGAAAGAUAUUCAUAAUCAACCCAAAGGGAGAGGUAGCAACAGGACAUCGAGUAGAUGUCAAGAAGUCUUAAACAUCACUUCAUUACUCAUUUUAAUUGAUAGUUGUGAACUCCAUCUGACUAAAAAAAUUGGUUUAGGGUGGCUCAAAACCAAGAGGUUUCUGCUAUGGUCAAUGCAUCUGAGGUGACAGGUCAAGAUGCUAACCAUUCGUGAGAUCUUGCCUUAUUGAGAAGGAAAUGAAAUUAACAAAAACUAAUACGUAUGUGUUUACUUUUUAUUAAUAUAUAUGCAAAUCACAGCACAUCAAUCUCUCAAAACUAGAGGAAAUAUAUAAUUAAUAAAAUAAAAUAAUUUGUUUAUAUAGUAUAGAAAUAAUCUGAAUGAAGAUAAUCAGAA